AAGAGGAGGACAGCCAAGAGGAAGAUUAUGAAGAAGGAGACGAUGAGGAAGACGAUGAUCAACCUACAAAGCCAGAUUUACAAGAACUCAAACGAAGUAUGUAAAUCGGGAUACUAGGUUCACGAUUGAAUGGUUGACCUAACAAGCAGAUUUCAUUCUUUAGGUCUUGCCCAUGUAUCAUUCGAAAAGCUGGCUGAAAUUCAGAGCAAAGUCGGCAUGAAGGAGUUCCACAAGAACUUUAGACGAUCCGGUGCAGAACCAGAACAAACGAAACCAGAGAAUACAAAUGGUGAUACGGUGAUAAAAGGAACAAAAGGAGAAAGAACACCCAAGAAGAGAGAUUCAAUGAAACGAGAUGCAAAAAAUCGACCAAUGGAAAUGAGCUCAAAACGAGCUGUCGGUCGAUACAGAGAUGUGGUUGAAACGCCAGCAGCCAAGCGUCGGGAUCCCCGAUUUGACCAAAUGUCAGGCAAACUGAACCAAGAUUUGUUUGAAAAAUCAUAUGGCUUUUUGGACAAAUAUAAACAGGACGAAGAGCAGAUGCUCAAGGCACAAAUGCUCAAGGAAAAAGAUCCAGAAGAGAAGCUCAAGUUACAAAAUAUACUGAUGCGCAUGGUAUCACAACGAACGGCCAAUACCGAAGCCAAGAGGAAGCAGUCUAUCAAGAGAGAACGCAAGCGUACAGAACAAGAGUUGGUCAAGGAAGGAAAGCAGCCAUUCUACCUCAAGAAGUCAGAUCAGAAGAAAUUAGAACUCAUAGACAAGUUCAAGCAACUGGGAGACAAAAAUGUGGACAAGAUCUUGGAAAAGCGCAGAAAGCGAAAUGCCACCAAGGACCACAAGAAGGUGCCGUUCAAGAGGAGAAAGACGGACAUGUAACAUAUGCAUUUUGUAAUAAACAUUCAUUAUCACGCAACAUGAUCAACCAACACGAAAUGUAUUGGUAGCCUUCAUCGUUUGUAAGCACAAUUGUUGAGGCAGUUCGGACAUCGGGACUGUUACAUAGCUGUCUGUUUACCGACAAUUUGGAUGACCGCUACAUCGAUCGAAGUGUUAGGUGGUAUGUCACGAUAAUGCUUACGUUGCCUUACGAGGGCGCGCAUGGAUUUUGUUUUUUAUUUAUAGGGAGCG